AUCUCUUUAUUGUUAAAACAAAAUGCUCGCAUUGAGUAGAGCUGCCCGUUUAUCUGGAUGCUCCAUAAUUCGCACUUUCUCUGCAGGCGCGGUUGCAAACAUGACUGUGCGAGAUGCUCUGAAUUUGGCAAUGGACGAGGAAAUGGCUCGUGAUCCGAAGGUGUUUUUGAUGGGAGAAGAAGUGGGAAAAUACCGUGGAGCAUACAAAGUGUCUCAAGAUUUGUACAAGAAAUACGGCCCUGAGCGUGUCAUCGACACGCCCAUCACCGAAAUGGGUUUUGCUGGAUUGGGUGUGGGCGCUGCCCAGAAAGGCCUCCGUCCUAUCAUCGAGUUCAUGACGUUCAACUUCUCGAUGCAGGCCAUCGACCAAAUCGUCAACUCCGCCGCCAAGAGCUAUUACAUGUCCGGCGGCAAGAUCCACGUCCCGAUCGUCUUCCGCGGCCCGAACGGCGUGGCCGCGAGCGUGGCCGCGCAGCACUCGCAGUGUUUCGCCGCGUGGUACAGCAAUGUCCCCGGAUUGAAGGUGCUGGCUCCGUACAGCUCCGAAGACGCGAAAUGCAUGCUGAAAGCGGCCAUCCGCGACGACAACCCGGUGGUCUUCCUGGAGCACGAGCUUCUGUACGGCGAGACGUUCCCGAUGUCGGAGGAAGUGCUGUCGCCCGACUUCGUCUACCAGAUCGGAACCGCCAAAAUCGAGCGGGAAGGCGAAGACGUGACGCUGGUGAGCUUCUCGCGCGGCGUGGGACGCUGUCUGGAGGCGGCGAAGGAGCUGGAGAAGGAGGGCAUCCGCGCGGAGGUGGUGAAUCUGCGGUCGCUGCGGCCGCUGGACCGGAAGACGAUCGUGGAUUCGGUGAAGAAAACGAAUCACAUCGUGACCGUCGAGGAGGGAUGGCCGCAAUGCGGAGUCGGUGCUGAGAUCGCGGCGCUUUGUAUGGAGACCGAUGCGUUUAAUUAUCUGGAUGCGCCGCUGGAGAGAUUGUGCGGAGUCGAUGUCCCGAUGCCGUACGCGUUCAACUUGGAGGCGCUGGCGGUGCCGCAGGCGAAGCAUGUGGUGAACGCGGUGCAUAGAGUGCUGGGAAAGGCGAAGUAGUGGACGAGGAGGACGAGGAGGAGUUGAUUU